UACUGUGGCUUUCCUUGCUUGACAGCUGUCACCAAAUACCGAGGUCGAGGGGGAGAGAAGCAUGGCUGCGUUGUUUAGAGGGUCCCGGAGUAUAUGCUUCAGGUGGAACAAGCAUGUCUUCGGAUCAACAAGAUCUAUGGCCUCAAAGACACCAGUGGGCUUUAUUGGUCUGGGAAAUAUGGGAAGUCCCAUGGCCAAGAACUUAAUAAAAAACGGUUAUCCUGUCAUUGCCACUGAUGUCUUCCCGGAAUGUUGCAAAGAGCUGCAGGACUUGGGUGCCCAGGUGGUGGACUCUCCUGCAUACGUGGCAGAGAAAGCGGAUCGCAUCAUCACAAUGCUGCCGUCUAGUCCAAAUGUCAUAGAAGUCUACACGGGCUCUAACGGCAUCUUAAAGAAGGUGAAGAAGGGAACGCUGCUGGUCGACUCCUCAACAAUUGAUCCUGCUGUUGCUAGAGAAAUGGCUGUAGCGGCAGAGAAGAUGGGCGCCGUCUUCAUGGAUGCUCCAGUGUCAGGAGGUGUUGGGGCUGCCAGCAUGGCUAAACUGACCUUCAUGGUUGGUGGACUGGAGGAAGAAUUCAAGGCUGCAGAGGAAUUAUUUACCUGCAUGGGCGCUAAUGUCAUCUACUGUGGACAAGUUGGCACAGGACAGGCAGCAAAGCUCUGCAACAAUAUGCUGCUAUCCAUCGGGAUGAUUGGGACUGCAGAGACCAUGAACCUAGGCAUCAGACUGGGUUUGGACCCCAAGCUGCUUGCAAAGAUCCUUAACAUGUCAUCGGGUUGCUGCUGGUCCAGUGACACAUACAACCCCGUCCCUGGAGUUAUGGAGGGUGUCCCCUCAGCCAACAACUACCAAGGUGGUUUUGGGACUACUCUGAUGGCCAAGGAUCUUGGCUUAGCCCAGAACACUGCCACCAACACAAGGACACCCAUCCCCCUGGGUUCCCUUGCCCACCAGAUCUACAGAGUCAUGUGCUCUCGCGGCUACGCCAACAAGGACUUUUCAUCCGUCUUCCAGUUUCUGCGCGAGGAGGAAGCACAGUGAAUGGAGGCGGAGCAUAGCUGACAACACAGCUAUGAUGGACUGUUAUUCAGACCUCAGAACCACACACCCGAGUGUCCCUUAUCCCAGUAUUCUCAGGAGAGACUAAAAAGAGGCCAAAAUGCUGUGUCUUGACACCUCUCCGCUUGUUGUCAACUCCCUCUUCUGUACCUGAAGAGCUGCUUAGACUUAUUUAAAAAUAAUGUCUACCCCCCAAAAAAAAGAAAAAAUACAAAAUCUUGGUUGAGCUUUACUAAAACGCAGUGUACAGUAGCUGCAGAUUUACAUGCAACUAUGCAACUUGUGUACCAUUUCCAUUUCCAAAGAGUGGAACUGAAUCAGCAGUGAAGCUCCACCAUGUUUUUGUCAGAGUUGUGCUAAAUGUCCGUUACCUGUAAUGACCUAACCUCGACCCUGCAAUAAUGUGGACAGAAAAAGAAAAAA